UUUUGCACUGGGAGCUCAUCUGCGGCUCUGCAGGCAGCCGGCCUCUCCUCAGCGCCCUGCCCUGGCAGCCUGCGCUGGGGUGGUAGCUGCUUCCUCCAGUUAAACCAUCCAUCUGCUUCUCCAUCUGCCUUCAGAUUGAUUGAACUCUCUUCUGUGCACACCUCCUUCCCCUACACCUUGUCCAGCAGCACACUCUUGUUGAGUGCUCCUGGCGUGACAGGCCCUCUCCCGGUGCACGCCAUGUCAGGUGACUGGGAGGACAGGCCGCUGGCACCGGCAGCACACACAGAUAUACACGACAGCGAUGGGAGCUCCAGCAGCGGCCACCAGAACCCCAAGGGCGCAGGCAAGUGGGCGGCCUCGCUGGAGAACCUGCUCGAAGACCCGGAAGGCGUGAAAAGAUUCAGGGAAUUUUUAAAAAAGGAAUUCAGUGAAGAAAAUGUUUUAUUUUGGCUAGCGUGUGAAGAUUUUAAGAAAACGCAAGAUAAGAAGCAGAUGCAGGAAAAGGCGAAGGACAUCUACAUGACCUUUCUGUCCAGCAAGGCCUCGUCACAAGUCAACGUCGAGGGGCAGUCCCGGCUCAAUGAGAAGAUACUGGAAGAACCGCACCCACUCAUGUUCCAGAAACUCCAGGACCAGAUCUUCAACCUCAUGAAGUAUGACAGCUACAGCCGCUUCUUGAAGUCUGACUUGUUUUUAAAACACAAGCGGACGGAGGAAGAGGAAGAAGACCCGCCCGAUGCCCAAACGGCAGCCAAGAGAGCUUCGAGAAUCUACAACACCUGAGUCUGUGAGGCGCCGGCCGGACUGGCAGCUGUCGGAGGCGGUGGGACCCUCCCGGGAGCCCACGGGCGGAUGUUGCUUUGCUCUUUGCAAGGACUGAAAUGUACCUUGAGGGGGAUAUGUGUACUUUAUUCACUGCUUGGCCAGUACGUUUUGCAUGAUGGCUAAUCUUACUUAAGAAAACAAAUAGCUUUGAGAUUUUAGUACAUACACACAGACACACGGGAAGAGUCCUUACCCACGGGACACUGAGCAUUUUAUAGCUUGAUUAAAAUCCACGUGAGGCCACCAGGUGAGACUCAGAGCCACCUCUUGCCUGUGGGUCUUCGCCCGGCUGCCCCGGAGGGGUCACACAUGUGCCCAGACCACCCCCGUGCAAGUCAGCUCAAGAAGGCAUCGACCUGAUAAGCUCCAGGCCUCAGGGGCGUUGUCUUUUGGGCACCUUUAGGGGUAAGCACUUCUCAAGAGCCAGUUCUGUGCUGGGCAAAGAAACGUCUGCACUAACAGCUUUGCAGGUUUGGGGUGCAGUGUGUGAGUGGCAGGAGAAGGUUUGUCCAGUUUUGUCUACAAUCCGGAACGUUUCAUGCGACACAAAUAGCUCAUCUUGACAAACAACAUCUCAACUGUGAAGAAAGAAAGACAGCAGAAAGGGGUUCAGGACCCGAGGGCAACGCGAAAGGUGUACUUGUUAAAUGGGUAGGUGGGGACCCCUUCUCCCCUGGCCCAUCUGGGGGUCCAUCGUGACGCUUUCUGUUCUCUCCCUACCCCUUGCUUAUUAGUUCUGGGCUGGAGACUGUAGCAAAGGGAAGGAAGUGCUGUCUUUGUGAGGCUGUUCCUUCCUGGGGGAGGCUGGGUGGGAGCCUGGGGCACCCCCGCAGCCCGGGGCUCACAUUCAGAGUGAGACCAGGGGCCCGGAUCAGCUGCCCCUUCGGCUCAUCGUCCCCACGUCUGCUGCUGCCAGACUGUCUUCCAGCAUGUUUGCCAAACCUUAAACUCCUGUUUGUACAAACAAAGCCAUCAGCCGCUGUGAGCUGUGACUGCGGUCUGACCGGCCCACAUAGAGACCCCUGCUGGCGAGAGGUGCGUGCAGUCUCCAGACCCUUCUGAGAUGGCUGAAUUGCACAGCCCACGGGGAUGAAGCAUGCAUGCUGGGUCUGUCUGGGGUAACCUCUUCCCUAGAGGGGAGACCCUUGGGUAGCCCCUAGACUGUCCAUUCACUGUGCUCUAAAACCUCCUGUCCUUCCAGCGUGGGCCUGGGGAAGGGGUGGCCUCUGGGGAGAACUGCUGAGAACCAAGUCAGCCGAGUUUAUCAGAAACAGCAACUGGUGCACCCCAACAGGGGAGUCCCUACUACUUUAGUUCUUCCCAUCAGGCCUGGGUGCCUGCCUUCAGAACCUUGGGGUGAAUUGGCGAUGCUGAGAUUGACACCCCAGGGUCCGGCCACCUGGAAAGUUCAGUCCCUGUUUAAGCAGAGUGGCAGGUGCAGUAAAGGAACAGUUUCGAAACGACACAGGUUUUCUAGCUCAACUUACGGUUUAUGCACCAAGCAGCGCAAGGUUGCAGCCCCACCCUCCGUAGCACGGGCUGGUUGGAAUCACUUCCAUGGCUCUGAGGCACCCGGCUACUCCCACUUACCUAGUGACGUGGGUCAAGUGUGAGAGCACAUAAAAGCCCGAUAAAGGAGGUGGCUGAAGGUAGUCGUCCCUCCAGAUGUCAAAGCACCCGAGUGAAAAAUGAUCAGUAAGGCAGUCUGCCAGGCCCCAAACCCAGCCUGCAGGCCAAAGAUGUUGUCUUUGAUGGGGUGUGUGUUUUAAAACUGGAGGAGCACUUGGCCGCAGACCUCACCAUUCUCUAUUGCCUCCGACAGGCUGCUCACGUUCUGCUAGCUCCAUCAUUUGUGCCCUGAUCUACUGGUCCCAGGUACAGAGAGCUUGGCGUGGAUGGCCUCCCCUCUGUGACUGCAGUUGCCAGCUAGACCUCCAAAUUCACAUUACCUGCCUGCCCAGCUUCCUCAGAGUACAAUAUGGUCCACACUCCCCACGCUUCUGCCUCCUCAGUUGAACCUGGUGGGUCCCUGUAAGCUUGCAGAGCGCCUUUCCGAUGAGUCCCCAUUGCCUCAUACCCAAAAUCUUAGGACGUGGGGGGUCAACUCUGUCUCUCGUUAUAGAGUUGGGAAAAUUAGAACCCACAGGCACAUGCUUGGGAGUGGCGGAGUCCAUGGCUGUUUGGUCUCCUGAUCCCAGCUCCCCGACGGGUCUGUCGUCUGCCUGGACAGGGGAAGCAUGUGUGGAGUGAACACUGGUCUUUUGGAAAAGAUACAUAUACGGUCACACUUCGCUUAGCAACAGAGAUCUGUUCUGAGCAACUUGUCACGAGGUGAUGUGGUGCCAAGAUCAGAGUGGAAGUGACACAACCCGAGACAGCAGGGCCUACUUCACACCGGUAGAGUAGCUAUUGGGGCUACGUGGUAGAGGAGCUUGUCGGUCACCGAAAUGUCCACCAGAAUGCCCGGCUGUGCUCACACAACAGAUACUAAAUGAGCUCCCGCUCAUCACCCCAGCCAAAGACCAGACCCGGGGACGUAGGGGGUGAAGGAACGAGGUGUCUGUUGCUGUCAGGGAGCGGCCGGGUCGGCGUGGGGUAUUCAGGAAAAACUGCCAGGACAGGGACAGGCCUCUGGCAGGGGAUGGGCAGGAUGAGCUGGGCUGGCUGUGGUCACCCCUCAAGCUCACAAGGUCAGAGUUCUCCUUUCCCCCAACAGCAGGAUGACUGUUCUCGUGGGAGACGCUUUUUAUGCCAGUCGCUGGUGAACGCUAGCUAAAGGAGUCAGCUCCCAAGUUUUCCACGAGGUCUUGCUAAGGAGGACUAGGGACCCACUCCCAGCGUCGGCUCUGAACUUGGAACACGCGUUGUUUACGAGCUUUGCAAGCCACCAGGCCAGCUCAGGCAGGACUCACAUUCUUGCCUUUCAUUCUGGCUGUGGUUCUUCCCCAACUUGCAUUUAUGUAAGUGCUCAGUGGCCUGUGGGACCUGCAGGGGUUUCAGACGCCAGUCACCUCAGGUGGUUGCUGGCCGCACCCCGCACCAGGGCUGCUGGGGUCCCUUGUGGAGGGGGUCCCCCAUCCUUGGGCAGAGCCCUGGUUCUCCCUGGACCGCCACAGCACCCCCGCUUUGCCAGGCCAAAGCGGUUCAAGCAGACACCCUGGGGGUCUUCCCCUUGGGGACUGUGGGAGUCUUAGAGGUCACACCUUAAGUGGGUAUUGGAUGGGAGGGGUUCACAGUGUGACUCCCACCUAGAGAAAGGGGGGAAUCUUCUCCCAGCUCCCACAAGACCACUGGAUAGUGGCCCUGGUGGGCACGGGGUGUGCUUGGCUUCACUCCACAUCCACGCUCUCAGUCCGUCCUCUGGGUUCUUCUCCAGAAUGUAGCUCGUGUCUGCGCUCCCAGCUCCACGGGCCUGGGCCCCACCCAGCUGCCUCCCCUUCUCUUCCCCAGACGGCUUACCUCCAUGCUGGCCAGUCCCCACUCCUCCCUCCGUCCGCCUUCUAGAAGCACUGACCUGACCAUGCUCACCUGCGUCCACCCCUUCUGCGCCUUUUUCUUGUUCUGAGAAUAAACGUUCAGAUCCCGCCUGGCGCGCUGUGCCCACAAGCCUGGCCCCCCUGGCCUCGCCCCUCUUGGGGCUCCCCUGGUGGUCCUCUUCGCAAGCAGGCUCUCCGCAGCCUCUGUCCAGGCGCCGCCUCCCACGCAGACUGGCCGCUGGGUCAAGUCCGGGAGGCCUUUCCCGCAGCAUCACCUCAGCCCCCGGAGGCCUGGCAGGUGGUGGUCAGCGGUUGUGGGCCUCUCCCCGGGGACAGCAGGGCGCCUUUCGCUGUGCACCACGCGGCUGCUCCUCUGGCCGCUGGGACUGACCUCCCGGGCACAGACCCCCCCCAGACCGCUGAGGCUUGGGGUGGGCGGUACCGGGAAGGACAGGUCUUUGGGACCCCUCGGUCCAGCAGCUUUCACCACCAGACUGGGCCGGAUUCAGCAAUGACUGCGCCAUUCCAUGUGGUCGUUCCAGCUCCAAAAUGCGGAGAAAGAAAGAAGGCCACCCCCAGCCACCUGGCCGUCCGGCACAACAUGAGGCCGGGGGGAGGCAGGAUCAAGUGCUCCCUGGACAAAUCUGGCUCGGUAUUUGCAACCGGGCUCCCCCUCACCCCCGCCUCUAGCAAUGUAUCAUGACCAUCUUUCCAUGCUAAUAAACAUAAUUACACACCAUAAAAAGAGUCCAGUUCCAAGAUUAUCUAGGGAAGAUAAAUGUUUCCCUCGUGCUAAUUCCAGCACAGUUUAUAUGCUGUUUUGCAACGCCGGCAAACUGUUGU